ACACUGACAUUUUAUAGGUUAGGCGACAAGUUUGUUAUGUUAAAAUGAUCGCAAAAUUACAGUGAUUUAAUCGAAAUGCGUUAAUUAAAAGCGAUUGUGUAAUAUCUUAUCAGUUUUCCAUAGCACAAUGGACCAGCUCUACGCACUCGGGGUCUCCUGUAUCGAGUUUAUUCAAGAUUGGUUUGCCGACUCCGAGGAUUACUUUGAGGUGGUGAACAACUUGUCUAAUCCUCACUAUGUGCUGGAGUACCUCUUCCCAUUGGUUUCAAUCCUAGAUUCAGUGUUUGCUUCCCAGCUGCUUCUCUGUAUGUCUUUUGGAGGAUGGCUGAAUGCUGUUAUGAAAUGGUGGUUGUUAGAAGACCGUCCUUACUGGUGGGUCCGUGAGACCAGCUUCUAUGAGUCGUCGCACCGGCCACGGUUGCGUCAGACCGGGCAGACCUGCGAGACCGGUCCCGGCAACCCAUCCGGACAUACGACUACUGCCGCCGCGGUGCUGCUGCUCGCCUCUAUGUGGAUAGCUCACGUUAUGAACGACAGGAAAUGUUACGUGUGGUGGUGGAAAUACAUAUCGUAUCCGUUGUUCGCGGCGGCGCUCGGUUCGGUGAUGCUCGCGCGAAUGUUCAUCGCGACACAUUUUCCUCACCAAUGUAUACUUGGUGCUCUUGUCGGUUCAUUCCUAGCUCCUGCACUAUGCAUCUACGUAUCCGAUCCGUAUAUAUGGGGUUAUGGUAAACAUUCGGCCCGUGACACUAAACGUGCCAUUUAUUGGCACGUGUUCUCGGCUGUGGUGACUAUACUCAUCAGUGUGGUCACGUAUGGCAGUUUAGUGUUGUGCGAUAUGGAUCCGCAGUGGACCGUGAAAUUGGCGUUCCGUUGGUGCGAGUAUCCGGAUUCUAUCCGCGUGUCAACAACACCCAUGUUCGCGUUGGUUCAGUCCACUGCUUCAUUAUUAGGAUGGGCUUUGAGCGUCACGCCAGCUGUCGCCAAGUACCGUCAUUAUACCAAAGAUAGAUCUUUAAUAAUAUCAGCACUCGCUACAACUAUAUUACUAUUUGGUGCUAGAUAUCUAGAAGAAAACAUUCCCAAAGAGAGUGCCUUCAAAUUUUACGCGUUAAAUUUUGUAUUAAGCGCCUUCAAACCAUUUUUGUUUUUAAAAUUAUCACCAUUUCUCUCUAUGUGGCCUUACACGACGUCUUCGAAGCAGAAAAAAAAUUAAAUUGAUGCGUUUUGGUCUCUAGUUCAAUUUGUUUAUAGUUUAAUUUCGCUUAAGGUGAAUUUUGCAUGGUAAUAGAUAAUUAGUUUUUAAUUUAUUCCUAAACCAGUGGUUAAUAACCUUUUCGAGUGACGACCAAAAUAUAAAUAUAUCGGGUGCUAAAGUAAGUUACCAAUAUUUCCAGAGAUAGUACCUUUCAUUAAAGCAAUUAAGUUGAAACGAAAAUGAAGAAAACUUCGAUUUUUUAUUUUUUUAUUUCACUAACCGAACUAAAAAUAAAUGAUAAUUCUGUCUAUGUGCAAGAUGUUUAACACUGUCAUGUCAACCGUUGUUUGUUUUAAAUGUCAUUAUCAGCUUGUAUCUUAUGAAUAGCAUGCCUUGACUUAGCUACGUAGACUGGAGAAAAUUUAUAUUUAAUGCUUAUUUAUACUUCUAAAUACUAGAUAAAUAAAAAUAAAAAAACUACCAACUGUAAUAAUAUCUGUUCCUAAUUUGUUAGCUCUGUAUUUUGAGUCUUAUUUAUAAACCUGAUUUAUUUAUGUAUCAAUGUUAAUAAAAUCCCAAUAUGGGUGAUAUUGGGAUUUUUUUGAACCAAUUAUAUGUCGUGACGACCUACCCUAGUUUUAGAAGCGCUACAUGCGUGAUUAGCACAAAAUGGGACUGUGGCAGAACGAUGCGACGGUUUGUUUAUAUAUUUUCUUUAUAGUAGUAGAGUCCAGGAGGUAAUUUUGGGAUUUACUAAAGCGGGGCAGAUUAAUUUCAGUUGGUAGAUGGAAUUAAUAAUAUAUUUCAAAGUAAAAAGUGAGAAAGUGUCCUUCACUCCAAUGAGGAACUAUUUU